CGGGCAUGUACAACGACUCGGAGGUUCCACUACUACUAGCCUCUAGAUAACUUAGUAGUACAUACCAGCCUCCUUCAAGUUCAGCUUGUGUCAGUCUUCUUGCCAUCAUGAGCUCCGAUACGUUCCCCGUACAAACGGAAGCAGACGUGCAAGCCAUACCAACUAUCUUCGACGCGAAGACUUGCACACGCAAAGGUCUCUGCCCCGUAACUCGCAUCAAGAACGAGAACGACCCGCUCGAGAGCCAUUCACUGUACUUCGAGCAGCAUGGCUCGGGUCCGGAGAAGAUUGUGCUCAUUAUGGGGCUGAAUAGCACGUCAUUCGCAUGGUUCCCUCAGGUGGACUACUUCAGCAAGAAGCCGGAGUGUUCGGUGCUGGUGUUUGACAACAGAGGAGUAGGCAACAGCGGUGCUCCUAUGGGGCCAUACACGACGAGUGCCAUGGCAGACGAUGUCGUCACGCUGCUAGACUACGUCGGGUGGACAGCGAAGCGGGACCUGCAUGUCGUUGGGAUCUCUCUUGGAGGGAUGAUUGCUCUAGAGCUGGCUACUAAGAUUCCGGAACGCAUCGUCUCCCUUACGCUUGCAGUCACCAGAGCAAAGCGCACCUUGCGUUCCGCAUUUCCCUCGAUAAAAGGUUUCACCUCCUUGGCAAGACUCCUCGUGAUCACCGACCCCGAAGCGAAAAUCCCAAUGGUGCUUGACAUGCUAUUCCCAAGGCACUGGCUGGACGCAAAAGCUGCGGAGGACCCUGAAAGUCGUACGAACCGCGAGCUACAAGUCAUCGAGUACCGCCAGAGAUUCGAAGUCACCCGCCCUCAGAAGCCCGUCGGUGCGCUCUCUCAGAUGGCAGCGGCCAUGACCCACAAUGUCUCGCCCGAGCGACUGCACAAGAUCUCCGAGUCGAUACCGAAGGUGCUGAUCGUCACGGGGGACCAGGACAACCUCGUCCCUCCAAGCAAUAGUCAUUAUAUGAAGGAGCACAUGCCAGAGGCGGAACUUGUUCAAUGGGAGGGCGUUGGCCAUGCUAUCCAGGUGCAGUGUAAGAACAGAUUCAACGCACUGCUUGAGCAAAUCAUGAAGGAGGGACGGGACAGAUUGGCGGCCAAGUCAGGAUUGUAGCCCAUGUACCAUGCAGUGUAUGUAUGCCCAACCUGGGUUACUCCCCAUGAUAGAGAAUUCGAGCACGCUACAUGUGCACGUACCACACGACAGCACAGUCCGACAUAGGGCUCGGCCCUACAGUGGACUAAAACCAUCACGGAGACGAGAGGAAAAGACCUAGAUUAAAUCCCUACAUUUCCUACGCAACCCGU